GAAAGGUGUAUAUUAUUUAACUUCAGUCUGGGAUAUGAUUUUUUUGCUUCUACAUACUUAAACAAUUAGUACUUGAAAUCCUAUAAUGCCUCAAUUGGUAUAUGUUUCUUUGAUUUAGUCUUUAGAGAUCUGGGUCGUGUAUUCGUCUAUUUUCUCUUUUCGUUUUCUUUUCUGAAUUAACGUUGUUGUUGGCUUGGUUUAUGAUAAAUUUUGACCAUUAUUUACAUAUUUGCGAACAAAUUCGGAUUCUAACUCAUUUGGAUGAUUUCUUUUUAUUGUCUUGUUAUUAACAUUACAAUGUUAGCUGCAUGCAUGACAAUCUUGCUGGAUUGUGCCUCUUUCCUCUUAUUCUCAUUGUCCUAUUCUCACCUUUCUUCCACAUCUCUCAUCUUUUCAUCUCUUCCUUUCUCCUUCUCUGUUUGGACUUUUUCUAGUUUGUUGUGUAUGGAUCCAUGUAGCCGACCCCAUUAAGUUGGAAUAAAGCUGAGUUUGUUGUUUUUGUUGUUGUCAGCUUCAUGCAUCUCCCUCUGAGAAAUACGAUUGUAUAGAAAGCUUUACACAAAAUCAGACCAGCAGUAGAUUACAUAAGUUAGAACUGGAACAUGUAGAGAAAGAUAGCAAGGUCUCCAAUACAUUCAAAUCUCUGUUGGGAUGGAAAACCAACUUUACAAUUAUACUGUGCCAAGCUUCUUUGAUAAAUCAUCUAUUCUUUCAUUUCCAAAUGCUUAAAGAACGAGCAAAAGAAGCAUCCUGUGGACCUCUAAGCUUGUUCAUCUUUAACUAGAGGGCCAUGGUUAUAAUGCAACACAAGGAUAUAUCCUGUGGUAUGUGCCUAAUAACCAGGAAAUACUUCAAUGGCUAAAGAAUAACGGUCACCUAAUAAAAGAAAGUGAAGUAAGCACAAUCUUCUGAAAAUCUUAAACUUUUUAGAGCAGAAGCACUUCAAAUAUUCCUCAUCGUAAUGAUAAUUUGACAUGAUAUGCAAGAUUUGUAACCAAAACAUAAUGAACAAUCGCUUGUUGGUCUGGUAUGCAUAUAUCAGUAGGUCUACUUUACAGACAGAGUGAAGAGAAGUAUAUGUAGGUCCUAAAACAGUGUAGUAGAUAGUGAAAUGUAGUAAAUAGUGAAACAAAUACAAGGAUAAUCAGAUCCAACAUUCAACAGUGAAAAGUAGAUGAACUUAUCAAUUAAUUUCAACUAAAUGUAAGAACUGGCUCUAAUAAUUAAUGGACAUUGAGGAAAAAAUAAUCUAGAAGUCCCAUUGAAAACUGUCUAACUACUAUACCAUAUGCUAAUGGGAUGAUGGGGGUGGACCAGCAAUUACAAAAAUGCCAAGCAGUUCAAGGUUGAAUUCUUUUUCACCUAGAGGAACAUCUUCAGCUGCACUCUCUUGUAAGAUGUUCAGAUCAGAUGGGCCUCCUAGGGCUUUAGUUUUUCUUCAAGUGUAUUAAAUCGGUUUUCAAGUAAAGUCAGCUGACUGUCAAGGCUUUAACCUCUUCAUGGAUGGUCCCAAGAGACCCAAGAAUACAAAGUUGUGUUGAUUGUUGAAGCAAUGGCCAGAUGAUCACCGUCUUAAUUGAAGGAAGGCUAGGGACAUGUGGCACCUUGGAACGAGGAAAUAGGGACCAUCCAGUGGACAGUUAUAAUGCUAAAGAUUAUACUGUCGGAUCAACUAUUGAGGCAGUUACCAUGUACAGAACAUGGAAGAGGAUGGGGUUAGUUAAUAAAGAUCAUAAUUGUCAAUGAGUUGCUAAGGUUCAGGCGCUUUGGUUGCCUAGUUGGUGUCACCUUGCAUUCAGGCCCUCCCCAACGCCUUGGGUUGCCUAGAUGCCAUGGCAGUUAUGGUAACAAUACCUCGGUCUAUAAAUAGUAGAACUGAGGAUGGGACUCUCUCUUUCUCUCUCUAUAUAUUGACGUCCCAAGUCCCAACACACACAACACAACUCAUUCCAAGCCCCUUGGCUUUGUUUAUCUAUCCUGAGGUUUUAUCCUCACCCGACAGACAGUUGAGUUACUUUUAUCACCAUUACCUUUUCCGCAUGUAAGUAAGAGUUCAACCCGGAGUUGCUGGACAAAGUUGACACUGUCAUCUUUGUGCACCAGUGCAGCCUACCACACACGGUUUGCAGACACGCCAUUCAUGUCCAGCCCAAGGUUCACUAUCAAAUGCCCGUUUUGGACUUUGGGUUCAGGCUAUGAGUGAUCUUGGUGGGCAGAGUUUGACCGUAGAGCGAAACUUUGUGUGGUUUUGCAGUCAUCAUUAUUCCAUCAACUGUACCACUCUAUGUUUGUAAGUUUGGCAUUCAGAAUCUGGGAGGUUUCACUCAUUAAUCUUACUUAUCUUGUUUCAUUUAUCUUAUUUUCCUAAAAAACCAAAAGUCCUUCUAUCAAAGGCAAAAUAUUACACAUUUGAAGAAGAGACCAGCUUUGUGGUAGCUGACUCACUGGCCGAUAAUAAUUGAUAGGAUAGCUUAAGAUUGGAAACCACUAUCAUAGGUAUUUGGCUCCCAUUUGCGCCACGUGGUGCUGGCAUGUCCACACACUUGUCAAGCAAAGUUUCCAAACCAAUGCAUCUAUAAUAUUAAUAAUUAUAUGUAAUCAUUUUAUGGAAUUGGAAGCCAAUUAAUGUUCUUUGUCUAUGCCUUGGAAUUCCUUUGAAGCCUGAGUCCAUUCCAGCUGGAAGUAUCCUAUAUCAUUCAAAACGUGUAUGCCCCUCCUCAAACAUUUCUCAUUUCGAUGGUUUCUUUCUUUCUUUCUACACUCCCAAGGAUGUUGCCAGGGGGAUCGUAGCCAACGGAAUAACAUUCUCCUUCUUAGGCAAGGUUGUAUCGAUAUAAUCUGUUAAAUUGCCUUUCAGAUUGAUUGUGUAAACCACCCAUGGAAUAGACAAACUAAAUAUAUCCAUAAGACACAUUCACCAAGUUCGAUCCCACAACCAAGUGAUAAUUAGUCUUUUCUUGUCUUACAUUGAUGACACCUAUGCUUGCAAGUCAAAUGCCCUUUUCUUCAGCCGUUCAAAUGCAAGGGCCUUACCACAUGAUAUAUCCCAUGUAGAUGUGACACAUUGAGGGGCAAUUGAGAACCAUUUUUUGUUAUAUAUCCAUAUGAUAAAAUAAUCAAUCACAUAAAUUUUCAUUAUAAUACUAAUGCUGUGAAUAGGCCACUCAUACACACACACUAUCCUAUCAUGUUCUUACUGAUUACUCUGCCUCUGUCUGUCCUAGUUUGAUUAGUAUGAGAUGAUUCUGGAGGUGACUAGAGGUUUUGAUUUUGCCACAUCAUGUUCAACAUGUCGAUCGCCAGGGAAAAGAUGCCGUUCUUACUGUUACAAAGCCGUGUUGAAGUUGAACCAAGUCUCAAAUUUCAAGGCCCCAGUAUCCACCUUGGAGAUCCACCAUAGAGUCAGAGGAUGUGAAUGCUUUGAUCUGUACAAGGAGCUUGUUCCUUAUCAGGAGGCAUGGUCCUGGCAGAAAUCCGUAGUAAGAAAAAGGUUAGCUUUGAUUGGAAGAGAUGAAGAUUGCUGUGACAAUCUAAUUAUUCUUCAACACCCUCCUGUUUAUACAUUGGGCACUGGUAGUUCUGAGGAAUACUUGAAUUUUGACCAGAAGAAUGCUCCAUAUGAUGUUUACCGAACAGAACGUGGUGGGGAGGUUACGUUCCAUGGACCGGGUCAGCUAGUCAUGUACCCCAUUCUCAAUUUGAGGUAUCACAAGAUGGAUCUUCAUUGGUACCUAAGGGCACUUGAGGAGGUGGUAAUCCGAGUUCUUUCAUCAACAUUCUCUAUCAAGGCUUCUCGACUUGAUGGUUUUACUGGUGUUUGGGUUGGCAAUCAGAAGCUAGCUGCCAUUGGGAUUAGGGUAUCUCGAUGGAUAACAUAUCAUGGCUUAGCACUGAAUGUCACCACAGAUCUAACACCCUUUCAACAUAUAGUCCCCUGUGGCAUAAGGAACCGUCAGGUUGGAAGCAUUGAGGGCCUCCUGCAAGAAUCUGGACAGCCCAGGUAACAAAUGAUUCCCUGCAGAAGCUGUGAUGAUAUGGCCAGCCCAACAUGGAAUGCCAUACUUGGGAGAAAGCUAAAGCUUUUGAAGUUCACAUGGGCUUGCUCUUCUGCGUGACCGUGUUCCCCACCCAUUAUGUGCCUCAAAGUAAGGCCAUUCCGUUUAGACAAAAGGCACUGCUGUCUAUCCAAGGUCUUGCUGGGGACGGUAUAUAUUUGGGGUCUCACUUCUUAGAUUGUCAAGUUUUGUUUUUUUGUUUUCAUGGGAAGCUAACUCUAUGGUUGAUUCCCUUGCUUGGAAGGUUCUGUCUAAUCUAUGUAGGAUAGUUUGGCUACUCCACUUCGGAGUUAAGGGAAUCUUGUAAUCCUUCGUUUGCGUGUCUCACACGUGAUAUUGAAUAGAAUUGCCGUUUACCAUUUA